AAAUGUCUUCACAUCUUCCUUAUCAACAUUAUAAAGACAGACCACCGGCUCCUGUUCGAUUUUCAUCAUCCUCUUCAUCGUCUUCUUCCACAAUGGCCACGCCGAGAGUGCAUCCAAGCGUCUAUGAGUCGGCAGCAAUUCAUACAAAGGUUGAGACGUCAGAGACUGGUCUCUUUGGAUUUGGAAACAACGACAAGAAAAAAUCAAAGAAGAACAAAACUACUUUUGGAAAGAAGAACAAAGAAAAGGAGAAGAUGAUCGACAAACCUAUCAUUUCGUUGCCAUCUGAUUUUCAGCACACGGUCCACGUCCGGUAUGACCCGGAGACUGGCGAAUUUACCGGAAUGCCUAAAAGCUGGGAGUUACUUUUGCAACAAAGCCAAAUUAGCAAGCAGGAACAACAACAAAAUCCUCAAGCUGUUCUUAAUGCCUUGAAAUAUUUUACUCGUGGUGAAGGUGGUGGACAAAAAUGGUUACAAGCUAGUAAUUCGUCCUAUGACUCUUCUCCACUUCACUCAAUUUUCGAACAUCAAGUAUCGCUUCAGUCUAAUGGUUCACAAGAACAACAUUCUUUUACACAUAGUGGAAAUAAACAUUUGGCUCAUACACUUAGUUAUUGUACUGGAUCAUUGCCUCUUUCGCCUAAACGCAAUGGUUCAUUGAAUUCUGGUGGCCAAGAUCAAUGGAGUGUAGUGGAAGCAGAAAGAGUUGGGCAAAUGUCUGAAUCAGCUGCAACUCGGAGCAGUAUGCCACCAGGCUAUUCUCCUCCUUCAGCUCCACAGGAACCCGAUGAAAAUAUUAAAGGUGAUGAUAAACCUCCGCCUCCAAUUCCAGAAAGACCACAAAAAACCUUGUCGAUUUAUACAAAACCACGUGAGGAGGAGGAAGAAAUGGCUGAAACCCGUCGUGAUCCUUCAGAUUAUUUAAUUCCCAAUGGGCAGUUUGGAAGAAGAAAUGCUGGACCAAGACGACGGCCUACAGAUGCUGAAGUACUUGUUAAACUCAAAACUAUUGUGAGUAUGGGGAAUCCUGAUAAAAAAUAUCAAAAACAAGAAAAAAUUGGAUCUGGAGCUUCUGGUUCUGUAUUUACGGCCAUUGAAGUAAAUACUGGAGCGGAAGUUGCUAUAAAACAAAUGAAUUUGAGUCAGCAACCAAAGAAAGAAUUAAUUAUCAAUGAAAUUUUAGUAAUGCGAGAAAAUAAACAUCCAAAUAUUGUAAAUUAUUUGGACUCCUAUUUAGUUGGUGGUGACCUUUGGGUUGUAAUGGAAUAUUUGGCAGGUGGUUCUCUCACAGACGUGGUAACUGAAUGCCAAAUGGAAGAAGGAAUGAUUGCGGCUGUUUGCCGUGAAGUGCUCCAAGCAUUAGAUUUUCUCCAUUCCCGACAUGUCAUUCAUCGAGAUAUAAAAUCUGAUAACAUUUUACUUGGAAUGGAUGGCUCAGUUAAACUUACGGAUUUUGGAUUUUGUGCUCAAAUUUCUCCAGAACAGAAUAAAAGGACAACGCUCGUUGGAACGCCUUAUUGGAUGGCGCCAGAGGUUGUAUCUCGUCAACAAUAUGGUCCAAAAGUGGAUAUUUGGUCGCUUGGAAUUAUGGCUAUUGAAAUGGUGGAGGGAGAACCACCUUAUUUGAAUGAAAAUCCUCUUAAAGCUAUUUAUUUGAUUGCCGCUAAUGGUCGUCCAGAUUUUCCAAGUCGUGAACAGAUCUCACCCCUUUUCCGUGAUUUUAUUGAUGCUUCAUUAGAAGUUGAUGUAAAUUCGCGUCUCUCUGCUAAGGAACUAUUACGACAUAAUUUCCUUAAAUGUGCCAAACCUUUAAAUGGAUUGCAUUAUUUAAUCGAAGCUGCAAAACGUUCAAUAGCAAAUAGUGGUUAA